CCAUCUUAAACCCCUUGAAUCGAGUAUUUUGGCUGUCUUUUUUGCGUCACUGAACUGAACCUAACGCCAAUUGCUCUGCCCUUACAUUGUACUUGUAGAUACAACCUUCAAAGUAGUUCAAACGUCUCCUCCCUGCAGACUCUCGAUUGGUAGGAGUUGGAGAAAUGCCUAAAGUGAAGACCAGCAAGAUCAAAUACCCAAAUGGGUGGGAAUUGAUUGAGCCAACCCUACGAGAGCUCGAUGCUAAAAUGAGAGAAGCUGAAAAUGAUCCACAAGAUGGCAAGCGGAAGUGUGAAGCAUUAUGGCCUAUUUUCAAGAUUUCACAUCAAAGGAGCCGAUACAUUUUUGACCUUUUCCACAAAAGGAGUGAAAUAUCCAGGGAGCUCUAUGACUUUUGCUUGGAACAAGGCUAUGCAGAUGGCAAUCUCAUUGCUAAAUGGAAAAAGCCGGGAUACGAACGUCUCUGUUGCCUUCGUUGCAUACAGCCCCGUGACCAUAACUUUGGCACGACGUGUGUCUGUCGAGUCCCAAAACACUUGAGAGAAGAGAAAGUCGUGGAGUGUGUGCAUUGUGGAUGCAGGGGAUGUGCUAGUGGGGAUUGAUUUUGUUUCACAUUACAGAAGCUUGGCUAUAUAUGUUAUGUAAUGUCAUCUUGGCAGCUAACUUGUACUGAUAUCAAUCAAAUGUUUCCAACAAUUUAAUCUAUUAUUCGAGGUAGAUGUGAUCUUAUGAAUCA